CUCCUGACAAAUGAUACAGAAUACUUGGAGAGUCAGAGUGAGGAUGAGGAGCAGAGGAGCAUCCAACUGGUUUUCCUGGACCUCACAGUGGCCUUCAUGAGGAGAAUGAAUUAUAAGGAGCUGGCUGACUGUCUGCAGAGCAUUCUUUCAUGAACUCGUGCUGAAGUUUGUCGUCGUAAAUUCAAAUCUAACAUGAAGCAGAAGUUUGAGCGUGUGUUUGAGGGGAUCUCUAAAGCAGGAAAGACGACUCUUCUGAAGGAGAUCUACACAGAGCUCUACAUCACAGAGGGCGGGGCUUCAGAGGUCAACCAGGAACAUGAGGUCAGACAGAUUGAAGCAGCAUCCAGGAAAACAGACACACCACAAAGAACCAUCACAUGUGAAGACAUCUUUAAAGCCUCAGCUGACACACAGCCACCAAUCAGAACAGUGCUGACAAAGGGCGUGGCCGGCAUCGGGAAAACAGUCUUAACACAGAAGUGGAUUCUGGACUGGGCUGAAGGACAAACCAACCAGGACUUCCACUUCAUAUUUCCAUUAACUUUCAGAGAGCUGAAUGUGCUGAAAGAGAAGAAGUUCAGCUUGGUGGAACUUGUUCAUCACUUCUUUCCUGAAACCAAAGAAGCAGGAAUCUGCAGCUUCCAGCACUUCCAGGUGUUGAUCAUCUUGGACGGUCUGGAUUGUCGCCUCCCUCUGGACUUCCACAGCAAUGACAUCCUGACUGAUGCCACAGAGUCGAGCUCAGUGGAUGUUCUGCUGACAAACCUCAUCAGGAGGAACCUGUUUACCUCUGCUCGCCUCUGGAUCACCACACGACCUGCAGCAGCCAAUCAGAUCCCUCCUGAGUCUGUGGACAUGGUGACAGAGGUCAGAGGCUUCACUGACCCUCAGAAGGAGGAGUACUUCAGGAAGAGAUUCAGAGAUGAGGAGCAGUCCAGAAGAAUCAUCUCCCACAUGAAGACAUCACGAAGCCUCCACAUCAUGUGUCACAUCCCAGUCUUCUGCUGGAUCACUGCUACAGUUCUGGAGGACGUGUUGGAAACCAGAUACAGACAAAAGCUUCCAGAGACCCUGACUGAGAUGUACAUCUACUUCCUGGUGGUUCAGUCCAAAGUGAAGAAGGUCAAGUAUGAUGAAGGAGCUGAGACAGAUCCACUGUGGAAUCCAGAGAACAGGGAGAUGAUUGUGUCUCUGGGAAAACUGGCUUUUGAGCAGCUGCAGAAAGGGAACCUGAUCUUCUAUGAAGAGGACCUGACAGAGUAUGGCAUUGAUAUCAGAGCAGCCUCAGUGUACUCAGGAGUCUUCACACAGAUCUUUAAAGAGGAGAGAGGACUCUACCAGGACAAGGUCUUUUGUUUCGUCCAUCUGAGUCUUCAGGAGUUUCUGGCUGCUCUUUAUGUCCAUCUGACCUUCAUCCAGUCUGGAGUCAACCUGCUGUUCAAAGAACAAACAUCAUCCAGAAGGUCUGAGAUGUAUGAAGAAGAAUCUGAUGAAGCACUUUUCUCUAAGAGUGAUAUGUCAGAAGAUGAAGAUAAACCUGAACUAACACGUCUCCAUCAGAGUGCUGUGGAUGAGGCCUUACAGAGUCCAAAUGGACACCUGGACUUGUUCCUGCACUUCCUUCUGGGUCUUUCGCUGCAGACCAAUCAGACUGUCCUACGAGGCCUGAUGACACAGACAGACAGAAUCUCAGAGACCAAUCAGGAAACAGUCGAGUACAUCAAGAAGAAGCUUAAUGAGAAUCUGUCUGCAGAGAGAAACAUCAAUCUGAUCUACUGUCUGAAUGAACUGAAGGAUCGUUCUCUACUGGAUCAGAUCCAGCGGCUCCUGAACUCUGGACAUCUCUCUGCAGGUGUUCUGUCUGGUUCUUAUUUAUCAGCUCUGGCCUUCAUCUUACUGUCCUCAGAUCAACAUCUGGAUGUGUUUGACCUGAAAAAAUAUCAACCUUCACAUGAGGCUCUUCUGCUGCUGCUGCCAGUGAUCAAAGAAUCUACAAACGUUUUGUUAUCUGGCUGUAAUCAGCUGAGAAGCUGUGAAGUUCUCAGCUCAGUUCUCAGCUCUCAGUCCUCCAGUCUGAGAGAACUGGACGUGAGUAACAACGAUCUGCAGGAUUCAGGACUGAAGCUGCUGUCUGCUGGACUGGAGAGUCCACACUGUCACCUGGAGACUCUCAGGCUGUCAGGCUGUCUGAUCACACAUGAAGGCUGUGCUUCUCUGGCCUCCAACCCCUCCCAUCUGAGAGAGCUGGACCUGAGCUACAACCAUCCAGGAGACUCAGUCAAGCUGCUGGAUCUACUCCGGACUCUGGACUCUCUCAGGGUGGAUCCUGGUGGAGUCCGAUGGCUGAGACCAGGUCUGAGGAAGUAUUUCUCUGAACUCUCUCUGGAUCCAAACUCAGUGAACAGAAAACUCAAACUGUCCAAAAACAACACAAAGGUGGAACAUGUGGAUGAGGAUCAGUCAUAUCCUGAUCAUCCAGACAGAUUUGACCUUUGGCCACAGGUCCUGUCUUCAACUGGUCUGACUGGUCACUCUUAUUGGGAGGUCGAGUGGAGAGGAGGCGUUUAUAUAUCAGUGACUUACAGAAGAAUCAGAAGGAAAGGAGACAUUUUGGACUGUGAGUUUGGACGUAAUGAUCAGUCCUGGACUCUGUUCUGCUGUGAUGACCGUUGUUUCUCUGUUUAUCACAAUAACAGAGGAACAGACCUUCCUCGCUCCCCUUCGUCCUCUCACAGAGUCUCAGUGUUUGUGGACUGUCCUGCUGGGACUCUGUCCUUCUAUGAAGUCUCCUCUGACUCUCUGAUCCACCUCCUCACCUUCUGCUGCAUGUUCACUGAACCUCUGUGUGCUGGGUUCUGGUUUGGUUCUGGUUCCUCUGUGUCUCUGUGUGGACUGUAGGAGAGAGUAGAGAGU